CAGGCGCCUCCUCCAGUGGAGAAGCCGCCUGACAGCUUCGUUUCGCACGCGCCGCCUUCGGCGCCCAGCAGAGCAGUGCCCAAGGCCCACGAAGCUCCGGUCAUGACCGAGAAGCAGCGCAUGGCGGCCGCGCUCUUCGGGGGCGUCGGCCCCGGGCAGAGCCAAGCCCCCGCGCCCAAAGCCAGCGAGCCGAAAGCGCCGGCUCGGCCGAAAGCCGCACCUGCACCGGAGGCGCCCGCCUCCGUGGACUUGUUGGACUUCGACGAUGGUUUUGCGCAGCCCGUGCCCACGCAGCCUGCGCCGUCCCCGCAGCCGGUGUCGCCGCCCGUGGCCUCCGCGUCCCCAAACUUGUUGGACUUCGACGACGGCAGCCCCACGCUCGCGCCGGCGCCCGCGCCCGCGGCGGCAACGCCGGCGGCGGCGGCGGCGGCAGAUGACAUGCUCCUGCUGGAUAUGGAUGUGGGCGCGCCCGCCAGCCAGCCGCCGGCGCAGGCGCCGGAGCCGGCGCAGGUGCAGUUGCUGGGGCCGUUGCAGGUGACCACGGCGCAGGUGGCGCAGACCUGGCCGCAGCUCGCGUCCGAGCGCUCGGUGCAGAUGGCCACGUCCAUCGGGAACUGCGAGGAGCUGAUGUUCCGGAUGCAAAGCGCCUUAAACGUCAGCCCGGUGCAGAUUAUCGGGAUGGAGGGCAUCGCCGCCGGGCGGGUGCUGCCCGGCAGCGAGCCGUGCUUCUUACACGGGAAACUCGCGCCGCCGCGUCUUGACAUCAAGGUCAGAUGCCGUGAUCCAGGAGUCGCGCUUCACGUUGCCAACCUGUGUCAGCAGUCACUGAGCUAGAUCGCCAAGUUGCAGCUCUCUC